AUGUGUGCGCUUGCUGCCCGAUACUCCACCAAUCGAAUAUUUAGCAAUGUCUCUCCAUGUGCCCGAGGAAAGCUCUAUGCGACAGAAGCGAUUCGUCGUUGCCAUGAGCGCAUGGUCUCUCCGAGCUUGGAAACUGUUCAAGGAUUUCUUUUGAUCGGUUACUACUUUAGCGGGGAGGGGAGUAUCCAGGGAAAGCAUACUUAUGUUGGUUUGGCCCGUCUACAUGCUGAUCUCUUGUCUCCUGAGGAUACCCCAACUGUAGUGCUUCGAGAAGAACUCCGUCGGACAUGGCUUUCAAUUCAUAUUGCGAGCCACUGGUCGGCAUCAGACAUGGAAACUGAGCCCACUAAUCCCUUUCAUGGCCCAGUGCCGCUUCCAAAAAUUGACGACGCCGAUUUCCAUACACUCGGCUCCGACCUCCUAACCGAAACCCUGGCUUCGCCUAUCACCCGGUGUGACAUGUGGGCCCAAAUGGCGCGAACAUUGAAUAUUUUCACAAAGAUCAAUGUCUUAUUGCGACAUCUGAGUAAGAAUGAGAUUUCUUUCGAUAAGUAUUGCACGGAAGCUGCCGUACUGGAACACAGCCUUGAUCAGUGGGCGAAAGACCUGCCUCCCGGCCUUGUCUAUACUUACGACAACUUGAUGCUCUUGGCCGAGAGACAAAUGGGACAGACAUUUUUGUCUAUGCAUAUUGGCUAUUUUCAGUUUCGCCAAAUGCUUCUCUUCCCAUUCUUGGACACACGUCUCGCGCAGUGGAACGUUCGAGAUAGAGCGGCAAAGUGCAAAGAAAGCGCCGCUCUUGUUUCUGAUAUUUUACAGUAUUCCAAAACUACGCCCCGCUGCGAGAUGGAUUACUUCGUUUACGGGCAUAUUGCGGUUGUCAGUUCUAGUGUUCAUCUCCGUACUCUGCUUACCAGCGACGAUCAACCCGAACUAGGUUUGGCGCGACAACGGCUGGUUUUGAAUUUCCAGUAUCUCAUGAGCCUCAAAUCUUACUGGCCUGUGGUUGAGCAUCAUAUCACUCAUCUACGAACCUUCCAGAACUCUUGUAGGGAUUCACUGUCAGACCCAUUUGUACUUGAUAAUUGGAUGGCCCGUUUCCUCACUGAGCAUUCCUCAGCCCUUUCAGAGAGGAGAAUCGCCGAUGUCCAGCUCCCAUCCUCUGACGUGGCUACACCGUCCUUAAAUCCUAAAAUGUCCAUGGACGAAAUUAUGUCUACGGAUAGCUCUAAUCGCCAAGAUUUAGGCACUGCUAGCUAUGUAACUGCUGGGGGCGUCGGGGCAAGGAUGGAGUACAAUGACUUGGCUCGACUUCUAGAAGAUCAAGAGAUGAGCAGCGAGGCAAUUGUUAAUAACGCGCUUAACUGGCUUUUGGAUGAUGAUUACGGCGUGGAUCAAGUGCCUUGA